GCGGCGGCGGCGGUGGUGGUGGUGGUGGGGUGCGUAAUGGCGUGGUAUUAAAUUCUAAUUAGAGAUGCAGGGGAUCAAUGAUAGGGAGGUUGGACAGCCCGGGCCCCCAGUGCCAGCCCAAUAGACUGAUGAGUUAUUGUCAUGUAAAAAAGCGCUAGCAAUAAGACCAAACGCUUUGCUAUUGUCCAAGCGGAAAGAGCCAAGUUUAUUAUGAGGACUAUAUGCUCUAGAGACCUCGGGCUAGGCGGCUCUUAGGGGGCUUUUCAUAAAACAGGGCUAGGUUCCUAUAAAGGAGGCCAGUUUUGGAGCAGGCGCUGAGCAGUGAACAUCUACCCACCGUCCAGCCUCCUUCCAACCAGUUCAAACCAAACAAGUCAUCUUUCCCCCCAAACUCAGACCGCGCGUCCUCCUCAUUUUUAUUUUUAUUAUUAUUUUUUUUUUACUUUCUAACCCAUUUUUUGGGGGUAGUUUUUGUUUUGACAUUUUUUUUUCCCGGGAAGUGCAGCCUUCUAACUCCACCGAGCCUUCUCAAAUGUAUAAAAUGGAGUAUUCUUACCUAAAUUCCUCUGCCUACGAGUCAUGUAUGGCCGGGAUGGACACAUCGAGCUUGGCAUCGGCCUAUGCGGACUUCAGUUCGUGCAGUCAAGCCAGUGGGUUUCAGUACAAUCCCAUCAGGACCACUUUCGGGGCCACCUCCGGCUGUCCGUCUCUCACGCCGGGGUCCUGCAGCCUGGGGACCCUGCGGGACCACCAGAGCAGCCCGUACGCCGCAGUUCCCUACAAACUCUUCACGGAUCACGGCGGACUGAACGAGAAGAGAAAGCAGAGGCGCAUCCGGACCACGUUCACCAGCGCCCAGCUGAAGGAGCUGGAGCGGGUUUUUGCUGAAACUCACUACCCGGACAUCUACACCAGAGAGGAGCUGGCACUCAAAAUCGAUCUGACUGAAGCCAGAGUGCAGGUGUGGUUCCAAAACCGGCGUGCCAAGUUCCGCAAACAGGAGCGGGCAGCUGCAGCAGCCGCGGCUGCUGCCAAAUCCAAUUCGGGAAAGAAGUCCGACUCUAGAGAUGAAGACAGCAAAGACAACAAAUCUACCGACCCAGACAGCACAGGAGGACCGGGCCCGAACCCAGUGCCCACCUCCAACUGCGGCGGACCGAGUCCCACCGGAGGCCAGGUCAACACCACCGGGAACGGACAGGUGGACCAAGUGAAGACUUCUGUGUCCGCCGGCAUGGGUGUGACAGCACCGAGCCAAGGCUGGGCCACCACCCCGGGGACCAUCACCUCUAUCCCGGACUCAUUGGGCGGGCCAUUCGCCAGCGUACUGUCAUCUUUGCAAAGACAGAACGGAGCCAAAGCUACAUUAGUAAAGACCAGCAUGUUCUAAUGAAGCUUCACAGCGGGGGGAGAAAAACAGAGCAGAGGGAAAGAGAUACAUUUCCUCAUCCUCCGGAGACUGAAAAGCAAUUGUCAGUGACAGACUUAAGGACAAUAAAAAGCAGUAAAAAGAAGAUGACAACUCUGUUAUUUUAUUUUUAUGCCUUGCGCAGUUUCUUGUGGUCAGUGGACACUUCUGCUGUAAAAAUAUCCAUCUUGACAAGUCACAUUGUCUUAUAAUAACAACUGCUUUUUUUUUUCUUAAAACAAGUGCAAGUCGGAUGAAAUGUUUCCACUUGUUUCCAGUCAGACUGAAAUCCUGAAAACGGCUUGUACAAAACAACGAAAUGACACUUGUGCUGAUUUUCUUGCGUAAAUUCAAAAAAACAUCUCUCAUCCCAAAGCAAAGCGUUCCUCUUGUUUUAAGAAAAAAAGAAUAAUAAUAAGACUGAACACUGGAUGAAGACACUUGUUAAGAUGAACAUUUUUUUUCGGCCAAAUUUAUGUACGCAAACAGACGUCUGCGCACUGGAAACGCGUCGUGCCAUCAGUGCGUAAAAGGAGCGUUAAGUCCCAUCACAUGUCAAGAGUUCAACAGCUGCUUUGUUUGGUAGAGAGACGUUUAAUAUCCAAGACUGAGGAUGCUCUCUCUUUCCAUCUCAAAUCUCAGUGCUCUGACACAACAAAGUAUCCAACGAGACCGCUGACGCAUUUUGCUUCUCUGUUCUCUAUAGACACAAUCUGCUGAUCGGAAGUAGCCUCUUACAGCUGUGUUUUUUUGUUUGUUUCUGGGGCUGCUGGAAGUUUAGUUUCUUUAAAUUAUCGAUAUAAACACAAUUAUUUCCUCGAGAAAAAAAAGGCACAAACUACUGCAAUGUUCACCUCUGACAGGAAAUCUGUAUGUUUUGUGUGUCUUUCUACGGCAGUGUUUUUGUGGCUCAAAUUGUAUAGUGUUAAUACGUAUUAUUGUCUCCUAUAGUUGAACCAUAGGCCAUACUCCCUCGUAGAUCGAUCAUACAAGUCUUUUUGAUGUUUUACAAAAUUCCCUCGGAGAAAUUUAUUUUGGGUAAAAACAAAAAACAAAAAAAACAGGGAAAUGGAUGCAAACAUUGUAUUUAUUUCUAUAUAAUUUGCAUGUUGUCUCUUUGUCUGAUUUUACAAUGAUUUCCUUCCAUUUUGUGAGCAUUAUGUAACAUGUUUUGUCCAGGAUCUCAAAGUUAUUUAUAUGUAGGUAAUGAAUGCUUAUAUUUAAGAAGGAAAUAUUUCUACAUGUGCACAUAGUUUUCCAGGUGUACCAUUGAAAUGGUUGUUGAUGAUAAAAAAAAAAUAGUCCAAGUUGCUUUGUCAUGUUUUCUUUGGACAAGAAAGGGAAUCCAGCUGAAUUGUUAUUUCUAAACGAGCCUCUUAAUGAGUCUUAAAUGCAACGUUUUUCGGGUCUGAGAUUUUCAGCACCACGGACAGCAGCCGGGUCUUCAGGAUUUCAUUUUUUUUUCUACAAAAAAGGUGAAAAUAUUUCAUCUUUUUAACCCGUAAAGUCAAGAGUCAAGUCUGGGUCGACAGAGUUUGGAAAAACUGCUGAAAAUGUCACUACACUGGAGAUAUGAUUUCAAAAAAGAAAAGAUGGAACCCAUUUAAUGUAAACUUGACACAAAGGUCACAAUAAACAGGAUUUUAAAGAUGAUUUUUUAAGAAAAUCAUAUUUUAAAGCUCAACAUUUGACUGGUUACCCAAAAUUAAUAACCAAACAUUGACAGGUGAGGUCUGAUUGCUCCACAGACAGCCCUACUGGAAUAUUAACCACCUUUUUUUUUUUUUUUUUUUUUUUGCUGCAGGUAUUAGAAUCAGUAUCUCGGGGGUAAAGUCACAUUUUCUGACCCAAUCUGAAGAUUUAUGGAGUGACAGUUUUGGAUUAACAGUGACUCAAAUUUUCUAAUCGGGUCACAUAAUUUGGUAUAAUACCUGAACCUGAACCCAACACUGGCCCGAACCACAAACAUGACAUUACUAUUAUAGUAUUAUUUUAUAAUCUGACAUUAACUUUAAUUAAACCCAGAGUUUAAACUCUGUGUUGACAGACUUUACUCACAAUUGUGCCUGUUUUGUGCCUGUCUGAUUUUAGGUUGCUUAUUUUCUCUCUUGAUGACAAGUAGCUGUUUAAGGGUGGGAUAAUAAAUGAAACCAUGUGGGUAGCACUGCAGUAAACACUACUUGAAAUGGAAACAGACUUCACCAUAACACAUUCAUCUGCGGUUUAAAGUCUUAAUUCACCUCGGUUCUUCCGUUCAGCUCGUGCAAACAACAGACAAAAGCCCAGUUUUAAUUUAUAACAUUUUAUUUAUAAACAUACAGUAUGCUAUAAAUGCCAUUGCAUUUAAACAUCAAAUUAUUCUAUAUUUCGGAUAGUGUUCAGGUGAAUAUUACAAUAAAUACAGAACAGACGUAAAGGUUUCAUUCCCCAACUAUCCUGUUAAGAAGACCGUCUGAAUAUAGAGCUCCGUCUCAAAGAUCCUGCUAUAAGAGACUCAGCCGAGAUUUAUUAUGCACUAAAUGAGGAUAAAAAAUAAAAUACACAUUCGGAACAGAAGCUUAAAAAUACUGUAGAUUAGAGAGAUGAACCUGGAGGAGAAGCUUGGCUAUAGAAGGAGGAAGAGGAAGAGGAGGAGGAGGAGAAAGAGGAGGCUGCUAGUUUGCUUUCAUACAGCAAAUCAUUUGGUUUUAGGCUUAAACGUGCAUUUUUUACAUCCACAAUACAUAACCGAGCUCUUCUCAUACAAGUUCAAAAAAAAAAAAAAAAAAAAAAAAAAAAAAAAAAA